AUGGCUAAUAACCCUAGGAGGCACCAACACUGCUCCUCCAACGUUCCUGACUCAUCUUUGGAGAGAGUGGGAUACAGAGAGGAAGUCACCAAGGGGAGAGCUGGGCUGGACAGCUGGCUCUGUGGCCAGCUGGACUCCCACACAUUUCCUUCUCCCCCUAGGGUAUUUGUGAACCGCAGCCUGGCCCUGGGUAAGAUAAGAUGUUUUGGAUUCGACAUGGACUACACUCUGGCUGUUUACAAAUCUCCUGAUUAUGAGGCCCUGGCAUUUGAGCUACUUCUGGAAAGGCUGGUCUGCAUUGGCUACCCCCAUGAGAUUCUCCGUUAUACCUACAAUCCUUCCUACCCUACCAGGGGCCUAGUGUUUGAUGAACUCUAUGGCAACCUGUUGAAGGUGGACACCCAUGGAAACGUGUUGCUGGCUACUCAUGGCUUCUCCUUCCUCACUGAGGCUGAAAUCUGGAGUUUUUAUCCCAGCAAAUUCAUUCAUCGGGAUGACAUGCAAAGAUUUCACAUUCUCAAUACUCUCUUCGACCUUCCAGAAACGUACCUAUAUGCCUGCCUUGUGGACUUUUUUACCAACUGCUCCAGAUACAUUAACUGUGACACAGGCUACCAGCAUGGAAACCUCUUCAUGUCCUUCCGUAGCCUCUUCCAGGAUGUGUCUGAUGCCAUGGACAACGUCCAUCUUUCAGGCUGCCUGAAGGAGAAGACCUUGGAGAACUUGGAGAAAUAUGUGGAGAAAGACGCCCGUAUUCCUCUCCUAUUAGGAAAGCUGAAGGAAGUUGGGAAAGUGUUUCUGGCCACUAACAGUAACUACAAUUACACCAACGCAAUCAUGACCUAUCUGUUUGACUGUGGUCAGGAGAAAGCUUUGACUCGGCCCUGGCAAUCCUAUUUUGACCUGAUUGUGGUGGACACCCAGAAACCACGCUUCUUUGCGGAGGGGACAGUGCUGAGACAGGUCAACACGGACUCUGGGAAGCUGCGAAUUGGCACCUACACUGGUCCCCACCAACACUGCGCUGUCUACUCAGGAGGCUCUUCGGAUAUUGUAUGUGAGCUGCUUGGAAUAAGGGGAAAAGACAUCCUGUACAUCGGGGACCACAUCUUUGGGGACAUCCUGAAGUCUAAGAAGCGGCAGGGCUGGCGGACCUUCCUUGUGGUGCCUGAGCUGACCCGGGAAUUGACUGUCUGGGCCCGGGAGAAUGACUUGUUUGAGGAGCUGCAGAUGCUGGAAGUGACUUUGGCAGAGAAGUACCAGCACAUGGACAGGAGGAGCUGUGGGCAAGAAGAUAUUAGUUCUACCAAGAGAGAGAUUCAGAGGGUGACCCGGGAGAUAGACCUUCGCUACAGCAAGAUGGGAAGCCUGUUCCGCUGUGGAUUCCGCCAGACGCUCUUUGCCAGCCAGUUGAUGCGAUACGCGGACCUCUACUCUUCCUCCAUCCUUAACCUCCUGCAUUACCCGCUCAGCUGCUUGUUCAGGGACACCCCAGUGCUGAUGCCUCAUGAAUCUGCGGUGGAGCUGGAGAAGAAUGCUCAGGACCCAGUGAAGGGCCAGAGGAAUAUGCCGAAUGUUCUGCAUGGAUUCAUAGAGAACACUCAGGGCAGUGAAGCUUGAGAUGACUUGGGGGAAAAACUGAGCUGCUUAUUGGCUUACAAGACUUUACCUGGAUUCACUCACCCGAGACACUUCAGGACUUAUUUUCAGAUCCUGGAAAACUUAGAAGUGGGCAUGGGGGAGGGAAAGAAGGUAAUCAAAUUAAAUUGUUUAUUUCAGUAAGCAUUUAUUCAACCUACUGUGUGCUAGACCCUGAAAAGACAAAGUAAAAAACAAAAGAGAGUCCAGCCCCAAGAAGCUCACAUUCUACUGAGGUUGGGAAAGAUUAUACCUGUGCAAGGAUAAGUAAAUAGAUGAAACAAAUACAAAAUAUUGGGGAAGGGGAAGCACUCACAAUGGGGAGAAUCUUAGGAGAUUCUUUGGUCUGAGCCUAGUGGCACUAGUGGAUAGGAUUACUUUGCUUCUAUUUCUAAACAUUUAUUUUCAUAUAUGAUUUCUUUGCAUUGAUGGUUUAUUAUUAGCAAUUAUGGUCUGUUAUCUGCUUUUUCUAGAUCAUUAUUAGACAUUAGAUAAGCCACCCUAACAAUCAUAUUUUUGAAUUUAUUAAAAUUAAAUAAUCAUUUUGACUUUUUAAAUUUUAAUUCAUCACUGUCUUGGGAAGUGUUUCUUCAUGGUAUUGGGGUACUCUGGGCUAGAUUCAGAGGUCUUCUGAAAAAGAACUGGGAGGGAAGAGGGUUGAGUGGACUGCAGACUCAACAUGAGUCAAUGGUGUGAAACUGGCAGAAAAAAAGCAAGGCCGCCUGGUGGGCAGUGCUAGACUUGAAAGUCCAGGAGACCCUAGGUUCAAAUCCUAUCUUUGACACUAUUUAUCUCUAGGUAAG